AUAGUAAAAUGGCAGCUCACUACAGAACGCCAACACCUCCUGCAUCCGGUGCUACCUAAACUUUCUUCCGGGUCACGUGACAAGGCCAAUGGUCACAUGACCGAAAGUGCUGAAGGCGGAAGUGAAGAAGAGAGUGGUGUAGCAGGUUUUAUAUAAUGGCAUCAUCAGGUUCUAAUCAAACUAGUGAUGGAUUUACCCAAGAAAAAUUACAGCUGAGCGUGAAAGAAAAUAGUGUACCUUUGCAGAUUAACCUUCAAGCAGCACACAAGGCAUCUGGGGAUGAUCUGACUAUCGCCCUAGAUGAGCACAUGGAAGCAGUGGAGGAUGCAGACUCUGAAAUGGUAUUUGAGAAUGGCCAUUAUGCACUGGAAAAGAUAAGCUCUCCUCCUCAAAGUGCAAGCAGUGACUCUAGCCAGCCAAUAAAGAACCAGGAUAACACGAGCAACAUCACUGUGCUAGUCAAUGGAGAAAGCUCCCAUGCAACAAGUUCAGAACUGGAUGUGCCUGCACAAGAUGAAGCUUUCAGCAAUAUCAGCAGCCCUUUACCUUCAUUGGGGUCAGAAUUACGCUCAGAAGACAAUGAAGAUACACAAUCCUUGCAGCCUUCGGCUCUGACUCCCACUUCAGAGGGCCUUCCUCCUGGCUGGGAGAAACGUGUGGAUAACAGAGGUCGUUUCUAUUAUGUUGACCACAAUACUCGAACAACCACAUGGCAGAGGCCCACAGCAGAAUAUGUCAGGAACUAUGAGCAAUGGCAGUCACAGAGGAAUCAGAUGCAGGGUGCCAUGCAACAGCUGAGCCAGCGUUUUCUGUAUCAGCCCUCAUCUGCUGCUCCUGACAAUGACCCGCUUGGACCGCUACCCAACGGAUGGGAGAAGCGUCAAGAUAAUGGCCGGGUGUAUUACGUGAACCACAACACUCGAACCACACAAUGGGAAGAUCCAAGGACUCAGGGCAUGAUCCAGGAGCCAGCUCUACCCCCAGGCUGGGAAAUGAAAUAUACUAGCGAAGGCAUACGCUACUUUGUUGAUCAUAACAAACGUGCUACCACUUUUAAAGACCCUCGUCCAGGUUUUGACUCAGGGGUCAAGCAGGGAGGGUCACCUGGAGCAUAUGACCGAAGUUUCCGUUGGAAAUACCAUCAGUUCCGCUUCUUGUGCCAUUCAAAUGCUCUCCCAAGCCAUGUGAAGAUAAGUGUGUCCCGGCAGACUCUAUUUGAGGAUUCCUUCCAGCAGAUAAUGAAUAUGAAGCCAUAUGAUCUGCGAAGACGUCUCUACAUUAUAAUGCGUGGAGAGGAAGGUCUGGACUAUGGUGGAAUAGCUAGGGAGUGGUUCUUUCUGUUAUCACAUGAGGUACUGAACCCCAUGUACUGUCUGUUUGAAUAUGCUGGCAAGAACAACUACUGUUUGCAGAUCAACCCUGCUUCAUCCAUUAACCCUGAUCACCUUACGUACUUCAGGUUCAUUGGUCGAUUUAUUGCCAUGGCUCUUUACCAUGGGAAGUUUAUUGACACAGGCUUCACCCUGCCAUUCUAUAAGAGGAUGUUAAACAAGAAACCAACCUUGCGGGACCUUGAAUCCAUAGAUCCUGAAUUUUACAACUCUAUUAUGUGGAUCAAGGAUAACAAUCUUGAGGAAUGUGAACUAGAGCUUUACUUUGUGCAAGACAUGGAAAUUUUGGGAGAAGUGACAUCUCAUAAGCUGAAGGAGGGAGGUGAAAACAUCCGUGUGACUGAAGAAAACAAAGAGGAAUUCAUUAGUCUGCUUACUGACUGGCGUUUCACUCGAGGAGUUGAGGAGCAGACCAAUGCUUUCCUGGAUGGCUUCAAAGAGGUUGUUCCCCUAGAGUGGCUCCGUUACUUUGAUGAGAAGGAACUUGAGCUAAUGCUAUGUGGUAUGCAGGAGAUUGAUAUUGCAGAUUGGCAGAAGAAUACUAUAUAUCGCCACUACACCAAAAACAGCAAGCAGGUUCAAUGGUUUUGGCAGGUGGUGAAAGAGAUGGACAAUGAAAAGAGGAUCCGGCUACUGCAGUUUGUAACUGGAACAUGUCGCCUUCCAGUGGGUGGAUUUGUAGAAUUAAUAGGUAGCAAUGGACCUCAAAAGUUUUGCAUUGACAGAGUUGGUAAAGAUACUUGGCUGCCACGGAGUCACACAUGCUUUAACCGCUUGGACCUUCCUCCUUACAAGAGUUAUGAGCAGCUUAAAGAGAAGUUGCUUUUUGCUAUUGAAGAGACAGAAGGAUUUGGCCAAGAAUGAUUAAAUUGAUCAUCUAAGAUGAGAGAAACUGGAGGAAAAAAAAGUCUGCCUAACUGGUUGAAUAAGAGUAGCUUGAUGGUAGUAUUUGGGACAGGCAUAUAUUAUAGGUGUGGUAUGUCUGUUCAGUCACUCUGUGUGGCCCUUGGAAGCACAAUGUGUUUCAUUUAUCAGCAGGUCCUAAUGUUUCUAAAAAUGUAUUAACAUUUUAUGUUCUACAAAAUUGUGAAUGUUGCUUUACAAUGGAUGCAGACUGGACUUUGGCCAACUAAGGCAAUUCUCUUCCUCAGGCCUGUUCCUGACCUUUUUCUUAUUUUUUGAUAAUUUUGUCAUUCAAAUUAGCUUGUGUUGUAUUCAGCACUGAUGAAUUUUAAGCUGUCUGUGCAGUUUAUGGUCACUUAUUGUUCUAGAUUUCAUCUGAGGAAGUUUCAAUACUGGACCUACCGUAUCUAUUCAGUAAUGUAGCUCAGUCAAGGGACAGCCUAAAAAUAUCUAGAGAUCGUUAAAGGAAAAAGGCAGAAGUAGAAAGCUGAUAAUAUUUUACCAAAUAAAGUCAUCAGAAAAUUCUGCCCUGAAGGGAGCAAGUCCAUCAACCUAAUAUGGUAGCUAGAGGAACUAGUGGGCCAUUUUAAUUGGUUCUUGUUGACAUAAUAACUAGCAAGGGACAAUGGGACUAAUCAUUUAAAAACACUGAAGGACUGGCAUGCUUCCUUCAGCAUGGUCAUAACUUAAAGGGAUACUGGCAUCAGUAUUUAAAACUAGCAUUUGUAAACAUUAUGGUCACAUUUUAUUCUUGCAUUAACAAGAAUAUUUCUUGCCAUUUGUAAGAGCAAACAAAAAAAAUAGUCCUCACAUUGUAUUUUUCCAUGUAGUGACAUUGUCUUGUUUAACCACAUUCUGUAAUUUGGAUCUCCAUAGUUUGUCCACUUAAAAAACCUUUAAACAGAUAAUGAUAUCUCACCUGGGAUCAAGGUACUGUUUUAUUAUUACAGAGAAAAAGGAGAUGAUUUUUAAAUGUAAAUUAUUUGAUUAAAAUGGACUCUAUUGAAGAUUACUGUAAUUUGAAACUUUAUGGAUAAUGGGUUUAUAAAGGUAAAUCUCAAGUAAGUCACAAAACAUAACCCAGCUCCAUUUUUGUGAUGACUGUAUCCCUUUAAGGAAUGGUUUUGUUAAUUCAGCUGUACCAUUUCAUAACACCAUAAAAGCCUUUUUAUCUACUAGGAUGCGGGUCAGUAUGGAUGACUGAAAAAAUAUACACAUAUAUGACUAUCUAUUGAUCCUACUUGGCUUGAUAGAAUCACUGUAGCUGUCUUUCCUAAAAAGUCCUGCUUUUUCUGUUAAAUGGCAGAAUCCUGUUUUGUAUGUUCAAUCCACAGCCAUCUGUUAAUAUUUGUAACUGUGUUGGAUAACAGCAAAUGUACAUAGAAUGUAUAUAGAAGAUCUAUAUUAUAUAUAAAAGUUUAAAAAAAAGAGACACUUGCAAGAGCUUUGGGUGAAUCACCGAAGUUUUUUACAGCACUGAUCUGCGUCCAUGAUGCUAAAUUUCCUGUGCAAUAAACAUGCUGAGAUUUGUUUAA